AAAAACAUCAACACACUUCACGACUACAUGAUACGUAUACUCAUUUAACUUCUACAUCUGCAGUGCAAACCAUCACGCCUAUGGAAUCAAUCGCCAGUGGGUCAUCAACUCGUCUUUGUACGCUUUGCUCGACACCUGCUCGUUAUACUUGCCCGAGGUGCUGUACUCCAACAUGUUCUCUACCCUGCUCUCGUACCCACAAAUCCAAAACUGGAUGUAGCGGUGAACGCAAUAAGGCGGCCUAUGUACAGAUGAACGCUUAUGGGUGGGGGCCGAUGAUGCGCGACUAUUGUUUUCUUGAAGAAGUAGGCAGAAAAGUGAGUGAGUGGGGCGGAGAAAUUGCUCGUGAAGGCUACGCAGCAAACGUAAAAGACAUGAGAGGAAGAGGGGGAGCACGUGGAGCCAGCAGAAGAGGUAGAGGCGGAAGGGGGACUUCAAGGGGUGGUGGAUCAUCUAAAAGAGAUCUGCUAAAAGCUCAUCUAGACAGUUUGGACAUCGAGAUGGAUGUCCUUCCCGUCGGAAUGCAACGCAGAAAGGUAAACCAGUCGACUCUUGAUGCAAAGACGCAGGUUGCACUAUUGACGAUAGAGUUCAAGUUUUACCUCGGAGCGCCCUUGCAAUCUUCUUUAUCCGCAGCAUCAAUUCCAUAUACCACACUUGUGCAUCGCAAUCCCAUCAACUCCUCUCUAAUCACCCUUCUUCAGAGACACGUUCCUCAGCAUACAUAUUCUAACAAGGACCAUCCCAAACCGAAGAAAGAACAUCCUUGUCCAGACUGGGUUACUUCUCUUGUCCACCCUCAUCCAGACGAUCCCGAAGGCUUCAGAAAUCCUCUCUGUUACUUACCUGCGCAAAUGGACCUGGCCAGAAUUCCGUAUUAUCCAGGCGUCGGAGUGCAGACUGGCCCAUCUUACUAUAAACUUUGCCCCUCUCAGACUCUUCAGGAUUUGCUUCAGGAUACGCACUUCGCUGAAUUCCCCACCAUCCAUGUAUACGAUCCGGACUCGUCUACAUUCGUUGGAAAUAUUGUGGUUAAAAGGGGUCAGCCCUCGCCAAUGUCCGAGCACGAGCACGAGCACGAGCACGACGUCAGAGCUAUAAAAAGACGAAAGCUAAGUACGAAAGCGGGGAGAAAGGCGAUCUCAGGACUCGUCGGUGACUAUGGAAGUGAAAGUGAGUCUGCAUUGGAAAAAGCAGCGGCAAGCCGGACACGAGACGAGUUGGGGGCUUUAGGGAACUACGCGGAAAGCGAAAGUGGCGACCAAGACUCUAUUGUGGAGGCACGCACCACCGAAGACGACAUAUCCAGCACAGGCUCUUUGUCAGCGGAUGAAGGAGAAGGUCCCGCGCUUGAUUAUAGUGCCGUUCUUGAGUUGAUCAAGCAAGCACACAGCGCAGCUGACUAUGAUUCGGAGGCAGUUGAUUGGGGUGACGAUUGGGAUGAAGACGUAGCAGAGUAACCCUCUUUUGUCGCCUACCUUGUGUAUGCAAACCUUCGCCCCCUUUUCCCUUUGUGCUUAAGUCAGUUGCAUCAAUUCUAGGGACUUGCACU